AUGGACUGGGCCAAGUUUGGGUUCGAGCACCUGGGACUGUGGGUCCCUGUGAUGGCUGUCCUUCUGCUGGGAGCCUGCCAAGGACACCCCAUCCCUGACUCCAGCCCCCUCCUCCAAUUUGGGGGCCAGGUCCGGCAACGUUACCUCUACACAGAUGACGCCCAGGAGACCGAGGCCCACCUGGAGAUCAGAGCAGAUGGCACAGUGGUGGGGGCCGUCCACCAGAGCCCCGAGAGUCUCUUGGAGCUGAAAGCUUUGAAGCCCGGCAUAAUUCAGAUCUUGGGGGUCAAGACAUCCCGGUUCCUGUGCCAGGGGCCUGAUGGGGUACUGUAUGGAUCGCUCCAUUUCGACCCAGCCACCUGCAGCUUCCAGGAGCUACUUCUUGAAGACGGAUACAACGUUUACUGGUCUGAAGCCCAUGGCCUCCCACUCCGCCUACCCUCCCACAACUCCCCAUCCAGGGACCCGGCAUCCCGGGUACCAGCCCGCUUCCUGCCACUGCCUGGCUUGCUCCCAGUGCUCCCAGAGCCUCCAGGGGUCCUGGCGCCUGAGCCCCCUGAUGUGGACUCCUCAGACCCGCUGAGCAUGGUGGGCCCUUUGCAGGGCCGAAGCCCCAGCUAUGUCUCCUGA